AUGAGGAGAAAGGACAAUACUAUAGUCGCAGAUAGCCAUUAUGCUCCUGGUACCCACAAAGCAAGAUCUUAUAUCAAGCCCAAGAUGGUUUUAAUAGCCACUCUAUCAAUGCGGUUGCAUCGCCAUUUCGAGGAACAUAUUAAUAACCAGAUACUUCACAUCUUCAAGGCAGCAUCUACGCUUGGAGAUGGCAAGCAACCGUAUGAGCUGGGCCAAGCUAUAUGA